ACCAAACAGAGGCUUCAGCUGAGCACUAUGGCACGGCUUAAUCAGGACAGAUUUGCCGGAGGAAGUCUUACUGUCAGCUACCUGUCUGAAGGCUUCAACUUCGACUACGGUGUCGACACCAACAUCACUCUAAUGACCUCCAGCUACGCAUUGGUCGCCCAAGUGCGACGCGACGACGGAACAGCCGACCUUACGUUUCUGGCCUCCCGAGAGGUGGGGAGCGAGAGCAGGACGGUCCGGCUGACCGCGGCGCUCGGUCUGGACGAGACGGACGCGCACACGCUGGACGCCAGUCUUGACCUACCCAACUACCCAAGCACGCGGCUGAGUGGCCGGCUGGCAGCCGGCAGUGGUGGCCGCUACCUGGUCAGCGGCCAGCUGCAGCGCGGCCCGCACGUCUACAUGAUCAGCGGCCAGUACCGCUACGAGGCCGAGCACGUGCUGGAGCUGCGCGCUCGCCUGCCGCGGCGAGAGUACACCGGCACGCUGUCGGCCCGCACCGAGGGCGGCAACUAUAAGGUCAAGGCCGACCUGCAGCUAGGCCGCCGCAUCAUGACCGUCGUCAGUGUGCGUCCAGGUGGUCCGGAAAUGAACGCCAACUUUGAGCUGUUCUGGAAUAAAGACGUCGAUGAUAGUCAACACGUAAUCAUGGAGAUCUCAAGGCGGGGUUACGACCUGUCGGCUAAGCUACGGUACCCUGGCCGUCAAGUCCAGCUGCUAGCCGGUUUGACUUCAAGUGGCGUGCGCGCUUCUCUGGAGUACGCCCCCGACAAGGUCAUUUUGUUGGAGGGCAGAGUGGCUGUGCAGAGCAACAACAAGCUCGCUCUGCACCUCAACAUUCAGACACCUCUGCCAGGCUACAGGACCUUAACGCUGACGUUCCAAAACAAACCGGAUGUGACAGGAGUGCCCAGCCUCUUGAACUUCAAGGUUGCUGGAAAUAUCGAAGAGAAAGAGGUGAUCUUGAACGGUAGACUGGUCGCUGACUUCGCCAUGGCUCAGGAUGACAUCCAGACAGCAAACAUCAUGGAAACUGAACUGGAUCUCACAACACCUUUCGUGGGAUGGGAACGCAGCCGUUUAGAGCUUAAAUACGUUCAGAACGCCACCACAUUCCAUGCCAGAAUGGACGGGUCCAAGAACAAGGACGGGCUUUCUCUCGGCGCCAACUUUGAGAAGACGUAUCUUCCAAAAGUGUUCGCGGUGCGCACUGGACUGUUUUUCGAACUGCCCGUGGACCGAGUCCAAAGCGGGGCGCUCAACCUCGACUUCACCAUCAAGGACUCGUAUCUCGACGCCAAGGCUUUGGCGCAAUGGAAUGGUCCAGAACUGAAAACAUUGGAAUUGACUGUGCAGUCCAGACACAAUUUAACGUCUAACGUGUUAGUGGACUCUCAUGUCAUGCUAAAGACGCCAUUUGAAAAGAUGCACAAGCUGAAUUCUCAUUUUGAAUUGAGGAAAAAUGACACGAGCUUGUCAUCAAGAUUUACAGCGACCGAUGGCACCGGCGAAGAGCUCCUGAUCACGGAACUAAAAGGAUUGGUCUUUGGCAACCUCGGCUCAUUCGCAGGCAACUUCCUGUUUGCAUGUGAUGUCUGCCCCACUCUAGGCAUUGCGAUGGAAUGUGCAAAAAAUAUCGGAAACUCACAAUUCAAUAUAACAACUCUCUGGAGAAACCAAGAGGCUACCCUGACCGGCUCCAGCGCGUCUACCGAGGGCGGGGUGCACGAGUAUGCUCUAGCAUUGCACCUACCAAACCCAGCUCGAAGAUAUCACCUGAAGCGUGCUUAUCACUUUGAUCUUGAUGAAAAAACGAUACAAGAUUUCUGGGAAGUGGCACGUGAUGAUCAAGCAGUCACCGUCAACUUAACGGCAAACUGGAAUGUUGACUCAAAUGGGAGCGAAAUGCCUACCUACUCGCUAAAUGCGUUCGGGCAGGUAAGGUCCCCGUUCGAAGGCUGGGAAUCAUCCAGAAUAUCUGAGAGUUGUGCUAUUACAGUGACUACGUCUGGUGUGGAGUAUACCAACGAGAUCGAGCUUCACAAAGGAGGCCGGAACAUCUUGAUCACGGAGCGAGGCCAUUUCCGCGACUUGAGGAGCUGGCAAUUGGACCGAGAGGUAGCUAGCAACACAGGGUGGUUCUCGCAUUCUACGCAGCACCUGCGGUCUGACUGGACAGGCUCCAAAGGCACAGUGACGUGCAGAGUCACCUGGGAUGAACAAACCGCGGAGCUGACAUACGUUGACGCCGCCCCCGCCGGCCACAGCAGCGGCUACAACGUGACUCUGACUGCGCAGUGGUUCGGCCAGCGCGCGCGUCGCGUUUCGUUCUUGAUGGUUUCGUCUGCAAAGGCGUGGACCCCUCUGAUCACUGUGUCGUACGCUCCAGGCAAAACAAUCAAGAUCUCCGGCGAAAUCUACAGAUUCUCGGCGGCUUCCGAGUCCCAUCUCACCCUGGAGGCGCCGUUCACGGACGUGAUACUUCUUAAAACAAGCCAUGACAUACGGUCGAUCAGAAAACGCGCGCUGCUUGAAGUUUUCCAUGGACAAAGAGCGUACAGCCUGCAAAUCGAUGUUGAUACGGACUUCCGUAGCGCUGCAAGUUUCGAUGUCAAACUGACAUCACCGACAUGGUUCUUGGGGUCGAACACGCUAAGCUUGGGAUACCAACUGGGCUCGAGUUUUGUAAUGCGCGGAGAGGUGUCCCAUGCGGACUGGAGGCUGUCCCUGCACAGCGACAUGGGAAGAGAACGGGGCGACGUCGAGGUCACCACACCAUUCGGUGGACUAAAGAAGAUGUCAUUUAGGUACACGAUAUCUUCAAAGGCGGUUUUGUUGCGCGCAGCGCUUGGCAAUAGCGCGAUUCUACUCACUCUUAAUGACGAAAGCGACUACGAUAUGAUAGAAUACUCGGCGCGACUCAGCACUCCGUACGAGGGCUUUCGGAUAUUGACCGUGGUUUUCAGCCAGCCCAGAGGUCAAAAGCUGUUCUCCCUCAGGUGUGCCUAUGACAGGCGCAACACGAUAUCCAUCAAUGGUGAAUAUGAGCUGUCCGGUCCCAGGUCGUCUGUGACGGUACAAAUUCGGACGUCGUUUGAUGCCCUCCCGGCCGCGAGUCUGCAGCUGAGUUACGACCUGCUGGAGUCCACUGCAAGUCUGCAAUUUGCCAGAGGUCGCGACACAGUGAAGAUAGAAGCCUCAGCCGACAUCAGCCUGGCCAUGUCAUCCCUAACGAUCAACUAUUGGAACAGCCUUAUUGCAGGGCCCAGGCGAGUCACGCUCACUGGAGCGUAUGAUGUGCAGAGCUCUGAAAAGCUGCUCGACAUGGUGCUGGAGAAGGACAGCGAUGUGUACUUUACGCGUGGUAGGGCCAGGCUGUCGACAGAGUCCAGCUACGUGACACUCAAUGCCGGAACUCCGCUGCCCGGAUAUGAAAAACUUUCGAUUGUGAGCUACUUGAGCUUAACUUCAGCAGGUCCGGCGUUAACGUUUGAGCUCACCAAGAACAACGCAACUGUUCAAGCAACCUUCGAGGUUAACGUGACCGGCUGGUCUGGAACUGCUGUGUUGGAUAUAGAAACAUUGUUUGAUGAUAAUCGGCAUAUCACGUUGGCUGGCAAGUAUGAAGUGCUCCCGAGUUCAGCGAGCGUCGAGCUGGUUGCCACGAGAGAUUCAAUACGAAAAACCAUACGUGGAACUAUGCGACUGGGCGACCAUGGCGGGGAUAUGUCAAUUAUCACUCCGUUUCAUGGAUUCGAGACCUUCGAUGUGGAAUAUAGUGUAGCCCGUGCCAAUAACAAAAGGGAGGUAGAGGUCAUCUUACGCCGAGGCCAGGAUGAGAUACAAUUACUUGCGAGUGGUGAAUUGAGCCGGUCACAGCCUCGCAUUGCCAUUGAAGUACGCACGCCAAUGGAAACCGCAAAAACCCUGAGCUUUAAUGCAAGGUACGAUAUUGACAGCACAGCGAAGGUGGUUCACGUGACCCUAGCCAGGAAUAACCGGCGCCUUGAGCUCAAGAUCAGCGGAGAGAUGCACAUUGAUUCGGCCGAGGCAGUCCUGACCCUCAACACGCCUUUUCCCUCAUGGGAAAACGUAAAAUGCUCCGCGAUGUACGACCUUAGGAGUGCCGAAAGGAAGGCGGAAAUCAGCUAUGACCGAAAUGGAAACAAGACCGUUUUCUCCGCCCGCAGUUUCUAUGAUGCCGAGUCUGCAUAUCUGCACGUGGUUACGCCAUUCGAAGGGUUUGAAUCCCUGGGUGUGAGCAUCCGCUAUGCCAACACCAGACACAAACGCGAAGUUGGAUAUGAAGCUCAUGUCAAUGAACAUCGCCACCGUCUGUAUCUGCUAUACGAGCGCAGUGGUACGGAUAGCAUCAAACUGCGGAUGAACACACCGAUACACGACAUGCACGUGGUUGAGGUGGACCUGAGAAGACAAUCGUUCUCAGAUGGCGUCGGUAUGUAUGCCGAUUUGAACUUAGACGGCAAGCACACCUCGGUUGAGCUGAGGACGACGCUUGCAAAGAAGACGAUGGGCAUAGAUAUUUAUUUGAAAUCGCACCGAAAGGGAUUUGAAAACGUGCGAAUUUCUGGCAGUGUAAAUCUGGCGAAGAAGAAAAAGGCGUUCAGGUUGGCAUCGCAGUCGAAGACCCAAAAGAUAGAGCUGUCUGGAUUUUUUGCCAUUAAAGGAAAAGGGGGUAUCGGAAAGCUUGUGUCCAAACUCCCCCUACCAGGUCUGGAGAAGGUGAACGUGAAAGUGAGGUACACCCUUGGAAAGAAGAAUAAAUUCAAACUAAUAUAUGUAAAGGGCAAAAAGAAAACACAGAUUUCGGGAGACCUCACAUACACUGAUACUAGCUUUACCAUCAAUCUCAAAACACCUUUCAAUGGAUUCCAGAAAAUCAAGGCCAACGCUGGGCGGACCACGGAUUCCGAUGGCACAGUGUCUGCAGAAUUGUCUCUGCAGCGCUCUAACCGAGCGAUCUCAGUGAAAUACAGUUAUCUGUUCUCACUGAAAAAGGGAGACGGAAGCAUUGAGAUCGCAACGCCUUAUGAGGGAUUCGAGGACAUGAAGAUGUCUCUUACUUACAACAAUCUGGCGAAGUCUCGGAACAUGAAGUUUACCGCGAGGCGCAACUCAAGGGAAUGGCACAUUGAAAGCUCGAGAUCAUGGGGUGAUGGAAUCGAGGAUGGCUCCCUGGUGCUACGUUCUCCACUCGAGUCCAUUAGGUCCGUCAAAAUCAAUCGGUCUUUCAACAUUAAAAACCUUGAAGCAAUGAGGUACCUGGCAUCUUAUGAACGCAAUGACAGGAAGUUCGUAAUUACGGGCACAGGUAGCAUCAGACAAUCCGGCAAGGAGGUCUCAUUGGACGUUACUGUUGAAACUCCUCUAGAAAUCGGCCAGUUAAGUGCAAAAGCAGGAUAUGAUUUUACCAGAAUGCCGAUGAGCUUGCGAAGCAAUCUGUCCGCGGGACCGAGAUACGUGAAUGUCGAGGCUUCGCUGGGAGCGACAUCAGGAACUGUCAACGUCCAGGCCACCAGCGGGGGUCGUGCAACUGGACUGGACAUUGACUACACCGCACAGUUGGGUGACCGAACUCGCGAGGUUUCCGCCAACCUGGUGAUGAAAGAUGGAAGGAGACUUUCUGUGCUCUACACAGCGGACCAAAGCCGGCCCAAGACGGGCUCAGGUACUAUCAAGGUCGACUCCACAACAUUCGGCGACCGAGAGCUUAAGUGGAGCUUUUCUUAUCCGGACGACGACCUGACGAGUAGCAUUUCGUACAAAGCUCCGAACGUUCAGGCGGAGUGGUCGCUCUCAGUGCAGGGAACGAUGCUCGUUCACCGGAAAAUCAUUGCCAGCAGCUCGAUUAAUUCCCCGUGGCACACCAGCACAACGCAGGUGGAUGUCAUGUUUGACAGGAGGAAUGGUCUUGAUCUGACCGCAGAUGUUUCCAGCAACGGCAGACAGUACAAGCUGCUCAUAGAUAAAAAGAGCCGAGGCCAAAUGCAGGUAUUGUCUCUAUCCUACGACGGCCAUUUUGCUAAGAAUGUCAAGAUUGAUGGAACAUGGUCUUCACUGCGAGGUGUAGACGGCCGGCGAAGCUUUGAAUUCACCUACAGUCGAGGGAGGCAGAAGGCCUCUCUCAGCGGCUCUGUCCAGUUGGGAAGUGCCGGGAAGUCAGGCGCAACCAGUCUCCAUUUGACAACACCAUUCGCUGAAGCUGCAGUGGUGAAGCUUGAGGUUACCUGGAACUUCAUCUCACCGAAUGCUAUUCUCAAAGCUGAAUACUCGAGAAACGGGGUGAGCUACUUGUUUGUCCAGAGUGGGUCCCAUCAUCAGCAGUCGGGCGAAUAUGCAGUGCAAAUAAGUAUGCCAAACGUCAAGGUAUAUAAUCGCAAAUCGUUCAGUGGCAUUGAAAUGAUAGUGUCUUAUGAUCUCAGCAAAGGUGUGCAUGUCAAAGUGCACAUGGACAGGCCAUUCGAAAGCACAGUGGAGGUGAAGUUCACGAAAACACGUGCUGCGACAACGCUAAAGCUACUGCUACACUUCAUGGACAAAUUGGACUUGAUACCACAAAUUAAUCAUCGCCACUUCCAGCUGGACUAUACGAGCGAAAGGAGGCGGGUGGGGCCGCUUAUUGAAGCGACCUUGGCGACGAAUGUUUUUGACCUGGGAAAAGUGGAACUAAGCGCGGAUAUUCAGAAACAGGAUGGCAAAACCAUCAUCGAUGUGGAUUACAAAAGGGGAAGCAAGGCCGCUCAUAUCUUAGGUGAAAUAUCUCGCGCAUCUGGCUCUGGAAGUAGCUCUUUCAGUCUCAAAACACCUAUCUCUGGCUAUGAAGAUGUCAGCCUUUCUGGAGGCUAUCAGUUUUCACCGGGCCACGAGUAUGCCUUGAAUAUUGAGUACUCACGGGGUCAAAAAUUCAUCCACUUCGACUCGUCGUCGACUGUAUCUGUCAAGAGGGCGAAAGGUAAAUUAAAAUCGGUGAGUGCCAGUGCCGACAUCCAAAUCAGCUCGAAGAUCACGACACCGAUGCAACUGUCUGUGACUGCCAGUUCCGACAUCAGAGACAUAGGUACUCCAAAACAGUCGGGAGAGGGCAAGGUGGAGGGUACGCUGAAUGGCAAGAAGCUCGGCCUGACUUACUCUGUGGAGCGCGAUGACCAUGGCCGUCGUGUAGGCAGCGUCACCAUUACUACGCCCUUCAAAAAUCCGUACAAGAAAAUUGUCCUGAGCACCGACGUGUCCCUGCACAGCAACAAGGCCUCGACCAGCAUCGCAUACGGGCCGAAAAAGGUCUCGCUGCAGUUGUCGUGGUUCAAGGGCGAAGCCAACCAGUACGGCGCCGAAGUCCUUCUGGAAUCGCCAUACGCCGAGCUGAAGUCGCUCGAACUAGAGGCCAAGGGGACUCUGAACAGCGACGGCAGUGUGGACGUGCUGGGCCACUACCGCCGCAACAAUCGGAUGGUCCACGUCACGGGCACCGUGCGGCGAGACGCCUUCGAUCUGCGCAUCAAAACGCCCAACUCGGAAAGCUUCCGUGUGCAGGGUGGCGUGACGGUGGACCCGGCGCAUAAAACGUACUCGAUACGCGGCUUAGUGACGAUGCCGUCCGGCGCCUCUGCUGGCGGCGAGCUCACCGUCAAGGCCGCUGCGCUCAACAACAUGCAGCUCACUGUGGACGUGCACACGCCGUUGCCCGGCUGGGAGCGCUUCAACGCCGACGUCGCCUACACGGACGUCCAGGGAAGCCGCGUCAUCCGGGUGGCUUUUGAGUCGCCGCAGACCAAGCGCAUGGAGGUGGGCAUAGAGCUGACCAGCCAAGGCGGCCGUGGCAAGACCGACCUGCGGGCCGGCAUCACCACCAACUACCUGGGCAGCGUGUUCACCUUCCGGACACACAUCUUCCGCGACACAUCAGGCAUGAAGUACGAGCUCGAGAUCGAGUCACCUUUUCACAUUGAUCUGCCUGGUUUGCCAAGUGAUCACUAGCUGAUGGGUUGAGAAUGUUGUUUGACGUUUUGCUGAGGGGCAUGCUGCUUUGCUAGUCAUACUUGACGGGUGGUAAGCUUUAUACUCAUUGGAGCUUGGUGCAUUGUGAGCAUGAUGUAUUGUGUAGGCUUUGCAGGGCGCGGCAAUCCUGCCCACCAGUCACGGGUACCUUAAAUACAUUUUAUUUACAUGUGCAUUCGCAACUAAUGCAAACGAUAAAUCGCAUCUUCGCCGUAAUGGUCAGCUGUCGAUGACGCAUGAGGUGUUAGAGACAAUAAACUGAAACGGAUUUCA